UACCCGUAGUAAUUAACCGAUGAAGCUGAUGUAUGGUUACAGGUACCAUACCAAAAUCCGGCCGAGAAGGUUCACGUCACACGUGUGUCCGGUUCACAAAAACGCUGGUAGUACCGUGGUAGAAGUGGCGUAAUUGAGUUUUAUCGCAUCACAAUUGAGCUUGCUGCCUCCCAGGAACUUGUAAGUGAAGAUGGCAAGCAACGAUGCAGAGGAACAGGUGGAAGUGACUGUGAAUGACAACCCAGAAAGCUAUGCACAACUAGAAAAUGGGCAUGGGGAGAUCACCCUGAAACCACAGGAGAAGAGAGACAACCACAAUAUCUGCUCAGAGAACGUCCGGAAAGUCAUCUAUGGCUUGAUACUCGUCAUCGGCAUCGCGGUGUCUUGGGUCAGCACCACGCAGUUCUCGAAAAGCACCUACUCCGCCACCUUCAACGCUCCGUUCUUCAUGAUCUGGUUCACCACGAUGUGGACGAUCGUCUGCUAUCCGGUGUAUGUGAUUGGCUCGUUUCUGCUGUUCAAGGAGAAGAGAAAAGGCGGGUGGCGUCCGUUAUUCAGGGAAGAUCAGAAGAUAUUUGGAGCCAACGGUCUGACGCUUCGAAAUUACUUUAAGUACAUCGCCCCUUUCUGUGUAUGCUGGAUGGGCACCAACUACAUGUACAUCCGAGCCCUCGGUAUCAUUCACGUGACGGACGUCACUGCUCUCUUCGCGACGAACACUGCCUUUGUCUACAUCUGCUCGUGGAUCUGGCUGAAGGAGAAAUUCAUCCUCAUCCCAGCGAAGAGUUUUUCCGUCGUGCUAGCCAUUGCGGGUACCGUGCUGAUGUGUUACGCCGACGGAUUUGAAGGUGGUCGCGCAGAGGGAGUAGUGCUGGCUCUUGGAUCAUCUGUUGGUGCCGCUCUUUACAAGGUGUUGUUUUUCCGUUGUAUCGGCAAGGCAUCCUACGGUCAAGUCUCUCUCUUCCUAUCGCUCCUGGGUCUGUUCGAUCUUCUCUUCUUCUGGCCCAUCAUGCUCACCCUGUACCUGACUAAAGUGGAGACACUGGACUGGGGCAACCUGCCUAUGACCUUCCUGUGUGGGAGUGCUACAUUGGGAUUAGUAUUCAACUUCCUGGUCAACUUCGGUAUAGCCAUUACCUUUCCGCUUUUCAUCGCCUUGGGAACCUUCGUAGGAAUUCCUCUCAAUGGAGUUGUUGAUUCGCUCUUCAGAGAAGCAUCCUUCGGCGCUUGGAAGAUUGUCGGUGGGUCAUUGAUUCUCAUCGGUUUCCUGGUCAUGCUGGCUCCGGAAUUCAUACAGCGGAAGGUGGCAUGCUGGAAGGAAGGGCAGUGCCCCUGUGAGAGGCAGAAACUAGACCAAGAUGAAGCUGAGGCUGAGGAGAAGGUGGAGCUUAAGGAGGGGGCGGGACAACAGGAGGGCGAAAGUUGGCAGCGACUGAAACAAACUGAGGAUGAUGACGUUGAACUUUGAGAGAAUUUUUUGGAAAGUACAGUACUACAUUGCUGUAAGGAUUACCCCUAAGUUUAACAUUUGGGUACCAUGAACACCCCUUGUCCUUCAUAUUGGACUCUUCCUGCCUGUCAAUCAAAGUGUGCAUUGACCAAUCAGAUCACGACUUUUGGUCAGGUGACAAUGGUAGCCCUGCCAAACCAAGUCCCAAACACUGUGAGAAAUGUAUACAAACCAAAGCUGGGCGGGGCUUAUGGCCAGAAAGUGGGUGGGGCUUAUGGUCCAGAGGUGGGCGGGGUUAAUCCGGAACGUUCCAUUAGCUAAGAGGUGGGCGGGGCUAAUCGGGAACAUUCCAUUACCCUUUCUGCAGUAAAAACACUGCCAUGAACGACUGCCUUAGUAAAGGAUCUCUUGUGAACCUCAUUGUGUCUGUUUGUUUUACUGCAUUCUACUGUAAUUUGUAUGAAAUAAUUAUGCCUUAAAACAAGAAUAUAAAGUUUGAUGAAGUUGGAUAUAUAUAUUGAAUAUGUUUUCUAACAGUUGGAAAGUUGUUACAGUGUUUGUGUUUUUUAUUUGGAGCCCUACAUUUGUGGCCGCCACAUUAAUACGUUUUCCCAAAAUAGGAUAUUUAGAACAAUGUUUUUGGUAAACGUGCAACAUUUUUUGAAAAUUGUUGUAGAGUACCUCUCUAGCCUCAUAACAUUUUAUCAACGUGACAGUAGACUUAGAUCAACGUGACAGUAGACUUAGAUCAAUCCUUGAUCCACUCACCUUGAACACUCUACCUGCUCUAAAUCUGUUGGCCGGGGUUCCUUCGGUUACAUUGGCCCCCGCCUUUGGAACAAUCUUCCAUUCAAGAUCCGAUUUUCUACCUCAGCUGCUACAUUCAAGAAAUUGCACAAAACUGAACUGUAUCGAGUCUAACUAUGUUCCAUCUUGACAGCGCCUCGAUCUAGUCACUAGGAGUUGUGCGCUAUAUAAGAACAUGUUUGUUGUUAUUAUUAUUAUUACCCAACCCGUCCAAGAAAUUGACACUUUAAAUGUUCAUCAGGUUUUGUGUAUUCAUCAGUUUCCUAGUAAAAUGGUUGAAAUAUCCAAUAAAAUAAUGAAUUUUUUUACAUUUUA